GUAGUUUUAGUAAUUUUGUUAUUGUUAUUAAAUAUUUAUAUUAAGCUGCAAUUUAUAUUAAUUUUAGUCAUUUUACUGCUUGGUGCAUUGAUAACCACAAAAGCUUUUGGCCUGGUUUCUUUUUUAAAGAUGGUCAGGUGUAAAUGCAUAUAUUUUAAGAGUGCUAUCAGCAUAUUUAUGGCCAUAAUGAUGACAAACAUAAAAUUAAAAACUUGCAAAACUCCUGUUUAAUUCAUGAGGUCGUAUUAUUUUCUGGUAUGAUAUAUGCGUGUGUUGUUUGUGAAGGACCGAGGUUUCCUGGAGCCCAACAGUAAAGAAGACGCUCAGCGGCUGUGGGAAAUGGAGAGGCAGUGUGUGCAGGAAACUUUAAGGAGGCAGAAACAGGAAAUGCUGGAGGACAACAAGUGGCUUGAGAAAGAAGAGAAGCUUCUGGAUCCAUUUGCCAAUGACGACACAAAGGCUAAAGUGAUGUCAGGAAAUGAGACAAGCCAAGCUUUUCUGAUGUAA